AUGAGAAAAGAUGACUCGAAGGGAUUUGUGUUCACUCUCUUUCCAAAGGAUUCCAGUAUUUCCGUCAGUUGUGGACCCACCCAGCCCGUCCUUAAGCCCGAACAAUCAGACAAGCACUUCUACAGGACUGAACAGUGCCAAGAAGAAAGCAAAGGGUCGUUCCACUCUGUACGCGUAGGCGCCACUCUAAGCGACAAACAGAGUUCGUCCACAACGGCCUUCACGCUGAACAUGCCGACGGGAAACCGUAAUAAAGCGGAACUCUGUUACAGCUGCGAAACAACCGCAACAGUUUCACCAGCGCCACCGGGCCCACCAGGCACUCAAGGCCCAUCAGGCAACCAACGCCCGCAAGGUCGGGGUGAUCCAAAAAUCAGCAAAUGCAUUGUCAAGAUUAGAAAGAAGCAGGGAGGAAGCCACCAGAACCCCGAUCCUCAAGAAGAAAAUGGAGAUGGUCUGAAAGUUAGCGAGUGCACAGACGACACUGUGACAUCGACGGCUUCGACAGGCACGCCGCUCGUUUUAAAAUGUGAAGCCGGAAUGUCACUGCUGCCUUUGACACCUGACCGAGAUUUUGAUGCCAGAACUGGAGACUGUGGAUAUAAGGUUGCCCAGACAAGCCUCGUGGGUGCGGAGUUGCAACCGUCCCAGGACACAGAAAAAGAAAAGGAUGUGUAUACUCUCAAGAUCAACAAAGACCCUGAGCACGACACAUGA